CCAACAUUGAAUCGACGAUGGCUUUCCUGUUCUGGAAAGCUCUUCAGUCAGACCCAGUCGUCUAGAGUCCUCGAUCUGUCCACAUCCUAGAUGGCUUCGCUGACCAUGGCGGACAUUUUGGGGCCUGCCAUCCGCUACGCUGAAGACGGCUUUCCUGUGAGUCCCAUCACUGCCUCCGUGUGGCAGCGUCGCGAGUCCAAGCUCAGAGCGAUGCACGGAGGCCAUACCUUUCUCCGAUUUGGAAAGGCCCCUUGUUGCGGGGACGUGCUAAGAAACCACCGCUUGGCUAACGUGCUCAAGGUGUUGGCACAGGAAGGUCCAGCCGCCUUUUACGAGGGUCCCGUUGCUCAGGCCGUGGUCGAUGCCGUCUCUGCCGUGGGGGGAGUACUUAGUCUUGAAGACCUGAAGAACCAUUUUCAAUCUUCGGAGAACCCUGUCGUUCCUACGAUUUCCACAACCUACCACGGAGUCAGAGUCCACACAAUGGGACCUCCCAGCCAGGGGGCUAUACUUCUGGAAGCACUCAACAUCCUCGAAGGCUACAAUUUAAAAAGCUACGAUCAAACCUCUGGCGAAUAUUUCCACCUGUUGAUCGAAGCACUGAGGCUCGCCAUCGCCGACGGGCUAAGCUGUGUGUCCAGCCCAGAUCAGAACAGCCGCAAGUCGUUGGAUCGGAUGACCUGCAAAAGGCACGCCGAGGAACGGCGUACUCUCAUUGACAAAACGCGGGCUAUACACAAAGUGGUGGCUGCAGAUAUCCAGGUCCCUCCUCAGUCCCACACCACCUUCCUCACCACGGUGGACGAGCACGGUAACGCGUGCUCUUUUAUCAACAGCAACUUCCAUAGGUUUGGCUGCACCAUUGUCCAAGAAUACGGCUUCGCUGUGCACAGCCGAGCGUCGAGCUUCGUGGGGGUGGAGGGGCACCCGAACUGCGUUGGCCCACUUAAGAAGCCCUAUCACACACUGAUGCCGGUGAUGAUCACGGAGACCCAUUCCUGCGACUGGGUGGCAAACAUCGGAUCCUUGGGAGGCUAUGCACAGCCCCAUGCCAUCCUUCAGGUUCUUCUUGGCAUGAUGGAGCUCGGAUUGAAUCCGCAGGAGGCGGUCGAAAGACCAAGAUUCAUGAUUGGAGAUGGACCCUCUGUGCACCCAGACAGUGCCAUUGAUCUUGAAGAUGGCCUGUCUCCAGAAGUCAUUCAGGGGCUGGAAGAGAGAGGUCACCGCUUGGGGUGCACUCUGAGAGGUGCGCGCAGGCGAAACAUGGGGUCUGCUCACGUCAUAACCAGGGGGAGCUGGUGGAGAAGAGUUCGAGGACCUGCAAGUUAUGCCGAGGGUCGCGACGUUUUUCUCUGGUUUGGAAGCGAUCCCCGCGGGGAUGCGGCAGCUAUGGCGUACUAAA